AUGGAGUCCAACGGUUACUCUCACGCAGAGUCGCUCCUCGAGCCUCUGACCCAUAUCAAUCGUGAACAUUUGGCCGCCAUGGCCGACGCCGCUGUUGCAGAUCAGAACGACUUCAACCCGUCAUCACCUUCUAGUCCCGGCCAGAAGCGAAAACGUGGUGCACCUGAGUCGUCACCUGAUACGCGACGUGCUAAACGUGUCGUUCCCACUGGAGCCCUCUCAGGUGCUCCUGAUGCGGCAUAUGUCGAGAGUGCUGUUGAAGCUGCGCAGGCAGCCGCGCAAGCAGCCACUAAUGCCGAUUUCACUGCUCUUCAGCAAGCUACAGCUGAUCACCACGAUGUUUCCGACCAUGCCAAUGCAUCAAGCACUGCUGCUGCCGCUCUUGGAACAAUGUACCCUACCAUCCAUGUCCCCCAGUCCACCGAGGAGACAUUUGCUGCACAGGCAGCAGCUGAAGCAGAACAUCACCAAGAUUCGUCGUUUGCGCACACAGACAUGCUCCACCCGGACGGUCUUCCUGGCCCAGCCGCAGACAACCUCGGACAGCAACCUCAGAAUGGCAUUCGUUCAGCCCAGCCCUAUGGAACUACUUCAUCAUCCAACUCCAAGCCAGCUGUAGGUUCAGAAGAGUGGCAUAAAAUGCGUAAGGACAACCACAAGGAAGUCGAGCGUCGCCGCCGAGAGACUAUCAAUGAAGGUAUCAACGAGCUUGCUAAGAUUGUGCCUGGAUGUGAGAAGAACAAGGGCUCGAUUCUACAGCGCGCUGUAAUCUUCAUCACGCAGUUGAAGGAAAACGAGGCCCAGAACAUCGAGAAGUGGACAUUGGAGAAACUACUUACGGAACAGGCCAUCCAAGAACUCAGCGCCUCUAAUGAUAAGCUCAAGCAAGAGUGCGAGCGAGCCUACCGAGAGUUGGCAAUAUGGAAGCAAGUGGCUCAGAAUGCCGGACUCCAGCCCCCGCAGUCCAAGGAAGAGUCGUCAUCUUCGUAA